AUGGCGGACGCUGAUGGCUUCUAUGAUGUUAGCGGCAGCCAUGGCGAGACUGAUUCGGCCCUGAUCUACAUUCCCACGGGAAUAUUCCUGUUCUUUUGUCCACUACUUGUUGGUACACGUCUGUGGUCGCGAAUGAGGAAGGGCGGUAAGAUUGGCGCUGAUGACUACACUGUCCUCGCCUCCCUGUUUUUCUCGCUUCUGACAGCCGGCCUCAUGUUCGCAGCAUGUUACCACGGAUAUGGACGGCAUGGCUUCGAUUUGACUCGAGAGGACAAGAUGAAAGCUUUGAAGUAUUUCGUCCUUACCCAGGCCACCUACAAGGCCUCAAUCAAUCUCACUAAGUCUUCUAUUCUGCUUCUCUACAUGCGCAUAUUUGGAAAAGUUCGAUGGUUCAAAUGGGUUUGCAUCAAUCUGACCAUCAUUGUCGCCAUGUACUGCACUGCUUCACUCAUAGUCACCAUCUUCCAAUGUACUCCCGUCGAGAAGGCAUGGGACAAGGGAAUGGUCGGAAGCUGCAUCGACAACGGCAAAUUUUGGUACGCAAAUGGCGCCUUCUCUAUUGCGACCGACAUUAUAAUAUUGCUCCUCCCCAUGCCGCUGGUCUAUGCCCUCCAACUUCCCAAAGUUCAGAAGGCCGCGCUCAUCCUUGUCUUUACAUUAGGAAUCUUUGUUGUCAUAACUUCUUGUUUGAGACUCACCACUCUCAACCACCAGGCCGUUACACCCGAUCCCACCUAUGACAUUGUAUCAACCAUGUGGACAGUCAUCGAGAUGAACGUGGCCAUUAUGUGCGCUUGUCUCCCCCAGAUACGUCCUCUCCUUGUGAGGUUGUUCCCGAAAGCCAUGCCAGCAUCCUAUUCCAACGGCCCGCUCGGAAGACCGCCGUACAACAGUGGCUUCACUAAAGGUCCCAAAGGCAGUCCAUGCAAGAGCGAGGGCAGUGGCUGGAAUCAUAUUGAGGGCAAAGAUGCCAUUCAUCUGACCAAGGUUCGGAAGGGCGAUACCAGCUCAGAAGAAUAUAUCCUUCAGGAUGAUAACACCAUCCAUAAGACAGUGGGCUUUAGUGUUGAGUUCUCCAAGAAGCCAUCGAGGGAUACACUAAACACCCUCGUAUGAUGACCGGAUUUUGACGGCCAUCUUCUGUCUUCAUGAUGUCAGCAAUGUCUUGUUUCUAUUCAACUGUCACCACGGACUGUCGGUUUCAAAGCCUUGAUGAGGCUAGCAGCUACAUGGGCUUAGCAAUUGUUGAUGGUUUAUCUGAGCCUGUAGGGCCUUACUCUUGUUUUCAGGAAGGGGAUUGACGGACGCAUCUUAUCUUGGGGGAAAAUUGAAGGAUGAAGAGUCAAAUGUGCAGAAACAUUACAACAUCGCUUGCAGUUGCUCCGACUUGGGUCAGUAUCAUUGGAGAUAGCCGAAUACAUGCUAUUUUACCCUAAAAAUGGCGCAUUCUCAUUAGGUGCUUGUGCCUGACUAGACAUACAAAUUGAGUUUCGAAACUGUAAAUUGCGAUC